AUGGCCAGUCUUCCAGGGUCAGACUUUGGAGGUCUGUCUGAAGGCGGUUUUGAUGACAAGGGUUCAGAGGCAUCUGGACCGGUAGCAGAGCAGAUCAGUUUUGACCUGAGCAAGCCUUGUACCUGCGCUUUGUCCCAGAAGACCAGUGUCUCAGAAAGCCCCCUGACAAGCAGCCACCUGCAUGACAAGCAUGGCAGCCGUAGGCCAUGGAGUUCCUACAGGAAAGUCUUUGACAAGGCCUCUGGUGUCACGUACCGGGUUCCCCAGUCCAAGUUGUGUAGUUUGUGCCGGAAUGUCUGGAAGCUCUUAGGCUUUUCCCACAAGUACGGAAACAUAGCCAAAUAUGUGAAGAUGAUCGCAGAGAAGGGAGUUGACCAUGCCGUUUUCCUGGCCAGUCUGGACGAAUGGAUCAAGAAGCACAAUGCAAACCCAAACAAGCACAGGCUCCGCAAUGCAGAUGAUAAGGACUCUGUCCGGGACGCAAAAGAGAAACUGCUGACCAAGGACGAGCACGGCUGCGAGUUUGAAGCCCCUGCUAGCCAUGCUGCUGCCAGUCCAUGUUUGUUCGUGGACAUUUGUGAAUUGGGAGGCGAUGUGGCGGAUUGCGCCGCACAUGGGCAGAAGUGUCCGGUGCCACAAGUAGACCUCCUGGUUUUAGGGACAUCUUGCAAAGAUAUGAGCCGAGCAAACCCCUGCCAGCACAAGGAUUCCGCAGUGCUGUCUCAGCAGGUCAGUCGGGGAGGCUCCGCACAGACAUUCCAAGGAAUGCUGUCCUAUUUGCAGAGCAAAUGCCCACCCUUAGUGCUCUUCGAGAAUGUAGACGCCAUGGACGACAGCAAGGGCACGGACAUGAACAACAUGGACAUCUUUUUGGCCGAGACUUCCGCCCGGGGGUAUGAGAGUCAGGUCUGCAUGACAGAUGCAGCCGAGUUUGGAUGUAGCGCCCGCCGGAGGAGAAUUUAUGUUCUUCUAGUCCGAACAGCCGUGAACCCGCUUCUGGACUUUACUACCAGGCCUUUGACAGCUGCUUUUGCCACCUUCCGGGCUUUGCUGCUUGGUUGCCUUCGAGGCGGGCCUUGUGUGACCCAGAUCCUUUUCCAGGAAAGUUCGGAACCAGUUCAACUGGAACUCGGGUUGCGCUUAGACAAGCGGGCGAAACAAAGGGAGAAGGACGCUGAGAAGAAACAAGGAGCACCCGCUCCCCCUCAGAGUUGGGUCGAGCAGCACAUGCAGUUUGCCCAAAAUCACCGGACUUUGGGUGACCGUGAGCAAGACGCUUUGUCUUUGCUGCAGCAAUGCACCCCGUACAUUGUGUUCCGAGAUUUGUCUCAGUCAAUCGUGCGAGGAAAUUCGAACACCUGGAGACAAGAUUCCAGCAAGCAUGUCAUGAGCACAGUGCUUCCAAGGAUGGUUCUUUGGUGUGAGGCACAGAAUCGCCUAGUCCUUGGGCGAGAGGCUUUGCUCAUGCAAGGCUUUCCAGUCCAACCUUUCUUGCAAAUUUUGGCAGCGCGCAUGGAGACCAUGCCUUUGGCGCAGCAAUGGCAUCCUUCUGAAGCGCUCAUGAUGGACCUGGCAGGCAACGCCAUGGCAUUGCCAGUAGUCCUUGCUAUGGUACAAUGUGCGCUGGAGAUGGCCCUUGCCCUUGGGGCGAUGGAAGCUUUGGAUUCAACUGCUCCCAUGGAAAGCAAGCCUCAGGCCGAGAUCGCGAUGAGUGCUCUGGAUGAGCGAAUCUACAAGAGAGCUAGAAAAGGCAAGCAGAGACGCUUUCAAAGCGGGCAGUUUGAUGAUGAGCGGCAAGGCCCAUUGGACGUCAUCAUGGGCGUUGUGUUGCUGGUGAAUGCUUUUGUGGUGAUCGCGGAACAACAGACUAUAGGAGAUCGAAUCGCCAGCACCUUUCAACUUCACCCUCAUGAUGUGCCGACGGAGACGCUGUAUGGCCUCCAUCAUCGAGAGCCGUUCUUUGUGUUCGAUAUCAUUUUUUUGGCCAUCUACGUGGCUGAGCAGGCGCUUCGGAUCAGUGUUUUGAGACGAUCCUGGCUGUUUGAUGAGCACGAAGAAGACGCGAUCGAGUGGGGCAAUUUGUUCGAUAUGGCCAUCGUUCUCUUCGGACUUGUGGACUUUGCGAUCUCCGUGCAGGUGCACGAUGCGGCACGGCGCUCCAGUUCAAUGCUGACGCGUUUGCUGCGUACCUGUCGUGUCGUCAAGACCAUGCGAUUGCUGCGUGUCAUGAAGUUGUUCAAGCAGUUGCGCAGUUUGGUUGAGACCUGGUAUGCCAGCCUUUCUGCACUCUUUUGGUCGAUGAUCCUGCUGACCAUUUGCCAAAUGAUUGCCGCGCUGGUUCUGUGCGAGACAAGUGUCCCCGUCUUGCUGGAUCCUGAUAGUCCUCACAAAGUGUCCGACAAGCAAUGGCUAUUCGACCAUUAUGGCACCUUCAUGAACGCUUCCUACACCUUCUUCGAGAUCACCUUCAGUGGAGGAUGGCCCGCCCUGGUGCGACCGUUGCUGGAAGACUUCGGCUUUAGCUUCGCUUUUCCCUGCAUGCUCUACGUCGUCUUGGUGGUCUUUGCUGCCUUACGGCUCAUCUCUGCCCUCUUCGUGCGAUCCACGCUGCAGUUGCUGUCGAACGACACUGGCGCUGCUGUUCUGGAGCGCUUCGAGCAGUCAGCAGAGACGUGUCAUGAAAAGAGUCGUGAAACGACGGCCGUAGAGACCAACGGCUAA